AUGGUCAAUGAGCAGUUCUUGGACCUGCGUGUGGCGGUACUGGGAAACGUGGACUCAGGGAAGUCCACGCUGUUGGGCGUGCUGACUCAAGGUGAGCUGGACAACGGGCGAGGCCGGGCACGCCUCGACCUCUUCAGACACCUUCAUGAGAUCCAAACGGGCAGGACAUCAAGCAUCAGCUUUGAGAUUUUGGGCUUCAAUAGCAAAGGGGAGGUGGUGAACUACAGUGACUCCCGUACAGCCGAGGAGAUUUGCGAGAGCUCUUCUAAGAUGAUCACCUUCAUUGACCUGGCCGGCCACCACAAGUACCUGAAAACCACAAUUUUUGGCCUCACCAGCUACUGCCCAGACUUCGCCAUGCUGGUGGUCAGCGCCAACACAGGCAUAGCUGGCACCACCCGCGAGCACCUGGGCCUGGCCAUGGCACUAAAGGUGCCCAUCUUUAUCGUGGUCAGCAUGGACUUGUGUGCCAAAGGAACAGUGGAGCGCACAGUACGCCAGCUGGAGCAUGUCCUCAAGCUGCCCGGCUGUAACAAAGUGCCGAUGGUGGUGGUCAGCCCAGACGACGCCGUCACAGCCGCCCAGCAGUUCGCUCAGUCCUCCAGCAUCACACCCAUCUUCACCCUGUCCAGCGUGUCUGGAGAGAGUCUAGCCCUGCUUAAGGUCUUCUUCAACAUCCUGCCUCCUCUCAGCAACAGCAAGGAGCAGGAGGAGCUCAUGCAGCAACUCACUGAGUUCCAGGUAGAUGAGAUCUAUACCGUGCCAGAUGUGGGGACAGUGGUGGGAGGAACUCUCUACAGUGGGGUGUGUCGCGAGGGGGAGAGGCUGGUGGUUGGCCCUACGGACGAGGGCCGUUUCCUGAGGCUGAAGGUGGGCAGCAUCCAUAGGAACCGCUCGGCAUGCAGGGUGCUGAGAGCUGGCCAAGCCGCCACACUGGCCCUCGGCAACUUUGACCGCUCGCUGCUCCGCAAGAAUAUGGUGAUGGUCAGCCCGAAGAUGAACCCCACCAUCUGCUGGCAGUUUGAGGCGGCCAUCGUCCUUCUCUUCCACGCCAAAACGUUCCGUCGGGGCUUCCAAGUGACUGUGCACGUGGGGAACAUAAGACAGACGGCUACCGUGGAGUGCCUGCAUGGAAAAGAGGAGCUGCGCACAGGAGAGAGGGCUGUGGUCUGCUUUCGCUUCAUUAAACACCCCGAGUACCUCCGCAUGGGCGCCAAGCUGCUCUUCAGGGAGGGCGUGACCAAGGGCAUCGGCCAUGUCACCAGCCUCCUGCCUGACUCACAUGACCAGAACCAGAUCCAUGACCAGAACCAGAGGGAGAUAGAGAAAUAGAGAGGAGGAGAAAGGAGGGAAGGAGAGGAAAUGAUAAGCUCUCCUGAACAUGUAUCCCCCUUUCAGAGUAAGUUUGUGUGAACUGCCGGCGCCGGACGUCAUCCCAGUAGAUUGUUAUUGAACCACACACUAGUAUUUUAAUCCCCAUUUGUGUGUAUCUAAGUGUGUCUGUACUGUACUUUCCACAUCUGCCCUUCGUGCCAUGUAGAGAUGUGAAGCCCUAUUGAAACACUUGAUAUUUCUCAGUGGUGGAUUCUGGAACGAAUGCUUUGAUGAGUGUGGGUAGAGGCAAAGGUCGGUGUCUUAAAUCAAAGUCUGGUGACCUCAUCGAAGGCAGGCUAAGCUUUCAUCUAAUCUGCUGUGGAUUGCUUGAAGGAACCAUUCCCGUCCCUCUCUUCGUCAUUUCAUAACAGAUACAAUAGAUCAAAUGCCUGCUCUCCCUGUUUUACUAUACUGGACAAUGUGGAACAUACUCAGCAUACCCAUCCAUUGGAAGUUUAAAGGGAUAGUUGGCUUUUUAAAAGUAUUAGGUCAUUGUCGACUUACCUAAGGCAGGAUUUUCCAAACUCGGUCCUGGGCCCCACUCCCCUUGGUGCAAGUUUUGGUUUUUGCCCUAGCAAUACAAUUAACCAACUCACCAUCGAGAUUUGAUAAUUUGAAUCAGCUGUGUAGUGUUAGGGCAAAAAACAAAGCGUGUACCCAGGGGCGGCCCCAGGACCGAGUUUGGGAAACCCUGACCUAAGGCGUUGUCGUUUUUAAGUUUGUUAGCUUGUUAUUUACCAACAUCCAGAAUGGAUAGCAUGUAGCAAUGCUAGUGUAAACAGGUUGUAUCAGUUAGCAUUGCUUUCAAAAGCAUG